UCUUGUGUUGUCUCCCGUGAAACAGAGCUUCUCUCUCUGUUCUCUUCAUUCGCCCAAGAGUGUUGAGAGUUUCACUAGGGCUUUUUGGGUUUUUUUUUUUCAUUUUUCCUUCUUGCUUUCUAUCUUUUUUUUGGCUGUAGAUUUGGAAAGUUUGGAACGAAAAGAAAAAAAGAGUUUUAGAGAGUUCUAAAUGGACACGUACACUGUCCAUCUUGCGAUGGCGGCUCUGGUUGGAGCUUCGCUGGUGGCCGUGUCCGCGUAUUACAUGCACAGGAAAACCCUAAAUCAGUUGCUGGAGUUCGCCAAAACGGUGGAGAGGGAGGAUAUCUCGGAGGGAGAGUCGCCGCUGCCCUCCAAGAAAAGGCGCGCCCACCACUCUCGCCGGAAGGGCAGCGGAUAUUACCGCCGUAGCUCCUCUUCUUUGCCGGAUGUUUGGAUGAUGUACGGCGGGAUUGAUGGAGAAGAGAAACGUAACGGCACUAUCCAUGUUGACGGGAUUCCCCCCGGGUUGCCGAGGCUCCAUAUGCUGCCGGAAGGGAAGUCUGGUGGCCAUGCAACACCAACUAAGAAAUCUGGAAGUGUUAUGCGACCUACUUCUCCCAAGUCCCCUGUUGCUAGUGCAAGUGCGUUUGAGAGCAUGGAAGGAUCAGAGGAUGAAGAUAAUAUGACUGACAAUUCUAAGAUUGACCUUACAUAUCUUCAUACUAAUGGAAAUGCUGGCCCAAAUUUGCCGGACCACAUUAAUGCUAAUGGAGAGGCGAUUCAGAUAGCUGCUUCAAGCAUGAUUCGAUCUCAUAGUGUAUCAGGUGACCUCCAUGGUGUUCCACCUGAUCCUAUUGCAGCUGAUAUCCUAAGGAAAGAGCCAGAGCACGAGACCUUUGCACGACUUAAUAUUUCCCCUACUGAGGUACCAUCACCGGAUGAAGUUGAUGUCUAUGUAGUUCUGCAAGAAUGCCUAGAAAUGCGGAAAAGAUAUGUAUUCAAGGAGGCAGUUGCUCCUUGGGAGAAAGAAGUUAUAUCAGACCCAAGCACACCAAAACCUAAUCCAGCACCCUUUUUUUAUGCUCCUGAGGGAAAAUCUGAUCAUUAUUUUGAGAUGCAAGAUGGAGUAAUACAUGUUUAUGCAAAUAAAGAUUCAAAAGAAGAGCUCUUUCCUGUAGCCGAUGCUACAACCUUUUUCACUGACUUGCAUCACAUACUUCGAGUUAUAGCAGCAGGCAAUAUCAGAACUUUAUGUCAUCAUCGGCUAAAUCUUCUAGAACAAAAAUUCAAUCUUCAUUUGAUGCUUAAUUCGGAUAGAGAAUUUCUAGCUCAGAAAAGUGCACCACAUAGGGACUUCUAUAAUGUGAGGAAGGUUGAUACUCACGUUCAUCACUCAGCAUGCAUGAACCAGAAACACCUUUUGAGGUUUAUAAAGUCCAAGUUGAGGAAGGAACCAGAUGAGGUUGUAAUAUUUCGAGAUGGGACGUACCUAACCCUGAAAGAAGUUUUUGAGAGCCUGGAUUUAACUGGAUAUGAUUUAAAUGUGGACCUUCUUGAUGUUCAUGCAGACAAAAGUACCUUCCAUCGUUUUGAUAAAUUUAACCUCAAGUAUAAUCCUUGUGGUCAAAGUAGGCUCAGGGAAAUUUUCCUCAAGCAGGAUAAUCUUAUCCAAGGUCGAUUCCUUGGGGAGCUGACAAAGCAGGUGUUUUCUGAUCUUGCUGCAAGCAAAUACCAGAUGGCUGAAUACAGAAUAUCUAUAUAUGGCAGGAAGCAAAGUGAGUGGGAUCAACUGGCUAGUUGGAUCGUUAACAACGAAUUGUACAGUGAAAAUGUUGUUUGGUUAAUUCAGAUCCCUCGACUUUACAAUGUAUACAAGGAGAUGGGGAUUGUUACAUCAUUUCAGAACAUUCUUGACAACAUCUUUAUUCCUCUUUUUGAGGUUACUGUGGAUCCUGAUUCACAUCCUCAGUUGCAUGUUUUCUUGAAACAGGUUGUAGGGUUGGAUUUGGUAGAUGAUGAAAGCAAACCUGAAAGACGCCCCACAAAACACAUGCCAAGACCAGAUGAGUGGACUAAUGUAUUUAAUCCUGCAUUCUCCUACUAUGCAUAUUACUGCUAUGCGAACCUCUACACCUUAAACAAGCUUCGUGAGUCCAAGGGCAUGUCAACCAUCAAAUUCCGACCACAUUCUGGGGAGGCUGGUGAUAUUGACCAUCUUGCGGCAACAUUUCUAACUGCUCAUAAUAUUGCACAUGGAAUCAAUUUGAGGAAAUCGCCUGUGCUACAGUAUCUUUAUUAUUUGGCACAGAUUGGCUUGGCUAUGUCUCCUCUGAGCAACAAUUCCUUGUUUUUGGACUAUCAUCGGAACCCUUUUCCAAUGUUUUUCUUGCGGGGUCUGAAUGUUUCCCUUUCUACGGAUGAUCCUCUUCAAAUACACUUAACAAAGGAACCUUUGGUGGAAGAGUAUAGCAUAGCUGCUUCUGUGUGGAAGCUUAGUUCAUGUGAUCUAUGUGAGAUUGCCCGUAAUUCAGUCUACCAGUCAGGUUUUUCUCAUGCUUUGAAGUCCCACUGGAUUGGAAAGCACUACUACAAGAGAGGGCCUGAUGGGAAUGAUAUACACAAGACAAAUGUACCUCAUAUCCGGGUGGAAUUUCGUGACACGAUCUGGAGAGAGGAGAUGCAGCUGGUUUACUUGGGCAAGGCUGAUAUCCGUACAGAUGUUGACAAGUAAUGUUGAACAUACGGCACAAGGAUCCUUUCUUGAAUGUUACAAGUAUAUAUAGACGUAGGCAAACCUGCCUUCUACCUUCUACCUUCAUCCUGCAUAAAGGGACCAUGAGCCAUACGAACUGAGAAAUUGCAGGGGACAAGCAACAGUCUGAAGAGGAAGUUAACAUGGUUUGAGGCCCACUGGUUAAACCAUGUACACGCAGUGGAGAUUGUUGAAAUGGGAACAUCUGCAAUGUCUUAGUUCUUAGACUCAGGGCAUGGUGUAUCCAAAAAUGAAUCAAAUACAGCCUAUGACACGAGGAAGCAAAUUAUAGACUUCCCAUAGAGAUAAUAACCAAAAAUAAUGUUUCCCGUUACGGUUGCUACAGUGUAUGCCAUUAUCAAUAGUGUUGGCAAGAAGUGAAUUAAUGCCUUCUCGCAUAAUAAAUUUUGACCUACGUUUACCUGGAA